CGUCUCUCAGUCUAGAAAACGCCCUCCAGCCAAGCAGUCCGCAGUCGAGCAGCUCCAAUCGGUCGCUCCUCUAUCUGCCCCUCGCGCCCACGUCAGCAACUAGCAACUCGACACCCACAGCGUGUGUGUUGUAUCGUCUUGCUGAUCCCCUCCGCCGCCUUUGUACCGGUCAAUCCCGACCUCUGGCGUCCAAAUUGAGCAACUCUGAGUUCCCUGACGCUUCGCCGAGUCCACUGGUUGUGGGAGUGGAGAGUAGCCCCGCACCGAGCUUGCCGUCAGGAGUAAACACACACUUUCCGACAGUGACGUCAUCGACGAGCAACCGAAUCGGCGGCGCAGUCAACGGAUGGGAUAAGUUUGCUGGGCCAAGACCGACCGACACGCGACGACAGUGCCUUGCUUACUAGAGAGAAGAAGAAAAGAACAAGCGUGCCUUGCAGCGAGUCCAGAGGACUGUUGACCACCCACCUAUUUUUACUAUAGAAACUUGCCGAGAGACACGAUGAUCGCGCCGACGAACAAGCCGACCAUGGUCAAGUGGGAGCACCUGUCCUUCGUGAUCAUGGACGCCCCCAACGACAGCAAUCUGCACAUUUACCUCAAAGAGCUCAAGAAGCACAACGUCACGGACCUCGUGCGCGCCUGCGAGGUCACGUACAGCAGCGAGUCAGUGGAAGCCGCCGGUAUCCACGUGCACGAACUCGAGUUUCCCGACGGCGAGUCUCCCGACCCGGAGAUUCUGGAUCAGUGGCUUGAUCUGGUCGAAACGUGCUUUAAGGACAACGCUAUUGACUCCAAGAACAACAAGUCGAUUGCGGUGCAUUGCGUCGCAGGACUCGGACGAGCCCCCGUGCUAGUAGCCAUCGCGUUGAUCGAGUACGGAUUGGACCCGAUCAAUGCCGUGGAGCAUAUCCGCAAGUUCCGGCGUGGAGCCAUCAAUUUGCGUCAGCUCAAGUACCUGGAGAAGUACCAGCCCCGACGUGGCAAUAAGGCCAAGUGCACCAUCAUGUGAAGGGGCGAUGGGGGGGGAGAAGAUACCGAGUGGAUGUUUACACGUCUGCUCAGGUUCUUGUUGGCUGCUGGCCUUCCCCCCACAAGUUUUAUUUUUGCUGUUUUACAUCUUCGUUCUUCCCUGGUCUCUGCGGUAUAGCGAGAAGAGACGGAAACUCAUAUCAAAACUUAUCCAGUUACGGUGUCAGUAUGUUGGCGCCUGAAGACCAUAUUCAUAAACACAGCUUUGCUUAUAUUAA